GCCUCAGUCGGCGACCUGUCAAUCAAGUCCAUAUUAUGAACCGUCUUGUUUAAUGCAGCAAAGCAGCUGAGCGGACGAGAAUAAGCUCGAGAAGAGACCCCAGGUUGGCUGCGUCUGCAGCCAGGAGAGGAGAGGGGAAGAUGCCUUCUCCAUCUUUUACCCUCGAUGCUCAGCUGAGAUUUCAUGACAAAUGGCUGAAGAUAGACCUCCAGCGAGCCUUCUCUCCAGAGGGACUGUGUGAGAUGUGGAACGAGAUGGUGAAAGAUGAGGAGAUAACGUUCAACGGAGAAGAAUCCGCUCACCCAGAGGAUUGCACUGACUGCUUUGGAACUACUCAGAAGAAAGAUGAGCCCAACGACAAAGAGAAGAAAGAGGAGGAGGAGACGUCCACGUCUGUUCAUCACUCCAUCAUUGAGACCUGGGACUGGGGCCGGCAGCCAGAUGAGACAGAGUUGAAGGACUGUCUGCUGGUGCUGGUAGACGACCAGCAGAAGCUCUCGGCUCAGAUGGCUAAAAGCACGCUGUCGGCCCAACGGCUCCGCCAGCGCCUCGUCAUCCUGGAGCGAUACCUCAUCUCUCUGAGCCACAGCAUGAUGGAGGAGAAGUACAAGGUCCGCUGGAAGGGCCCGCCCAGCCCUCCACUGCCUGCUGCCGACAACAAGAGGUGAGGAGGAGCUGGAGACGGAGGUUCUGGUAGAGCAUCAGAGGGUUUAAAGGAGUGUGAGCAGGUGCUUAGACCACUGGUGAUCCAGGUGUGCACCUGCUGAGAAACUUAAUGUGCAGGUGUCUCCAAGGUUUAUUGUAGUGAGGGAUACUGUACAUCUGGUUCAUUGU